AUGUCGCUCCCCAAACGCAUUAUCAAGGAGACCGAGAGGCUUAUCGCCGAUCCAGCGCCUGGUAUCAGCGCGACGCCCCACGAAGACAACUUGAGGUACUUUGACGUCGUCAUUUCGGGUCCGUCGCAGAGCCCUUUCGAAGGCGGUGUCUUCCGUCUCGAGCUCUUCCUUCCCGAGGAGUACCCCAUGUCGGCGCCAAAGGUCCGCUUCCUCACCAAGAUCUACCACCCAAACAUCGACAAGCUUGGCCGCAUCUGUCUGGACAUCCUCAAGGACAAGUGGUCUCCUGCUCUUCAAAUUCGCACCGUCUUGCUCUCAGUCCAGGCGUUGCUGUCCGCACCAAACCCGGACGAUCCGCUUGCUAACGACGUGGCUGAGCACUACAAGAAGGACGAGAAAGGAGCCAUCGAGGUCAGCAGACAGUGGACAGCGUUGUAUGCCAAAUGA